AUGCGACCGGUCCAGGAUUAUCCGCGGCGCGGCGAAAUGCUGUACGCCGAGGCUCCGCAUUAUGACGGGCUUACCAACACGAAUGAUCGACCAGAGAAUAAUAAGCCGUCGAAGUGUUGGCCACCCCUGGACUUCAGCCUUUCCUUUCCCGCGCUGGAUUCCCUAAGGCCGAAACUGCUUGAGGCUGGAAUCUCAGGUCGGCCGCGACUGGCAUGCGUGGCCGUUCCGCUGCCAUUAUCUCAAGAACCGGUUCCCUUUGGCGAAUUUGGAACAAUAGGCGGCGAACGGCCGCCAAACAAAUACCUGGAGCCGGCGACGAGGCGACCGUCCCGACCCAAAGCGGCAGAUGGUUUCGGCCAUUUGAAUAAAUUCGCGAUACGCGUGCGUUCGCGGCGCGUUACACUGCGACCCGAUGGAAAGGAUUUAGUCAAUCAUUGGGAACUCAAGACGGACACAAUUUACUGUGCAACACAUUGCCGUCUAAUUGAAACCGAGAUUCGAUCGCGCGAUGGGCUAAGGUUGGCGAUCGUCGAGCCCGGGCUGGACUGGCUCGUAAUGAGCCCGCGGCUCGCCGUCAUCUGGCUCGUAAUGAGCUCGCGGCUCGUAAUCGGCUUAGACCGAGAUAUCUGCGUCGCGACGGAUCGCCAC